AUGAUUUCGUUGGGUGGUACCAUUGGUACCGGUCUGUUCUUGGCUUCCGGUGCUUCCGUAGCCAAUGCAGGUCCAGGUGGUGCGUUGAUUGCAUAUGGUUUGAUUGGUAUCAUGGUAUUUUUCAUGAUGGAAUGUUUGGGCGAAAUGGCAACAUAUCUUCCUAUUUCCGGUAGUUUCAACAAUUAUGCCGGACGGUUUAUUGAUCCGGCUGUCGGUUUUGCUUUGGGAUGGAAUUACUGGUAUAACUGGGCCGUUACCGUCGCUGUCGAACUGACGGCCGGUUCCAUGGUGAUGGGGUUCUGGCUUCCCAAUAUUCCCGGCUAUGUUUGGUCAAUUGUCUUUUUACUUCUCAUUCUCGGGUUAAAUCUAUUCUCGGUGAAAGGCUAUGGCGAAGCGGAAUAUUGGUUUGCACUGAUCAAGGUGCUGACAGUUAUCAUUUUCAUCAUCCUCGGUAUCCUGGUCGAUACCGCCGUGCUGGGUGGUGUCUAUUAUGGUGUGGAAACAUUUAACCGAGGUGGUGUCCAAGGUCUUGGUGUGUUAAGUACAUUCUUGACCGCCGGUUUCUCCUUCCAAGGAACGGAAUUGAUCGGUGUCGCUGCUGGUGAAAGUGAAAAUCCCAGAAAGAACGUCCCCAAAGCCAUUAAGCAAGUGUUCUGGCGUAUCGUAUUGUUCUACAUCCUCGCUCUGCUCAUUAUCGGUCUCAUUAUUUCGUACGAUGAUCCUCUUCUUUUACGAAAGAAUGUCAGCGAUAUUUCCGUCUCACCAUUUACCCUUGUCUUCCAAAAAGCCGGUAUUCCUCCUGCUGCACAUUUCAUGAAUGCAGUCAUUUUGACAACGGUCCUGUCUGCUGGCAACUCUGGUCUUUAUGCGUCAAGUCGUACUUUGUAUGAUAUGGCUCUGGAAGGAAAAGCGCCUAAAUUCUUUAGAAAGUUGACCAAGAAUGGCAUCCCUAUUUAUUGUGUGCUUCUCACGGCGUUCAUCGGUAUGCUGGCUUUCUUGACCUCGUUAUUCGGCGGCGGAGUUUUGUACAAUUGGCUUCUGAACAUCAGUGGUGUGGCCGGUUUUGUUGCUUGGUUGGGUAUUGCUGCGUCUCAUUGGCGAUUCCGAAGAGCUUAUGUCGCUCAAGGCCGCAAUGUGGACGAUUUGCCUUUCAAGGCGCGUCUUUACCCUGUGGGCCCCAUUUUCGCUUUCGGCGUGUGUCUUUUCGUUUUGGUAGGACAAGGUUACGAUUCGUGGAUGGACGAUCCCGUGAAGCCAGCCGAUAUUAUUGCUUGUUACAUCGGUAUCCCAAUUGUGUUGGCGUUCUACAUUGGUUACAAGCUUAUCAAGAAAUCCAAAGUGGUGCCCUUAAUGGAAGUGGAUUUGGAUACAGGUCGUGAGGAAGUGUUAUUACACACCAUCGAAAUGGAAGAUCGCAAGACCAAGGAUCCUUUGGAGGGUGUGAGCAUUUUCAAACCUUCUACAUGGAAACGUAUACCGUCUAAUCUGCGCUCGUGGAGAGAUGUCAUUAAUAACUAG